AAGGGACAGUUUAUUUAGGUGGGAUCAUAGCGUGACGGAUAUCGGUAUAUCCCUCCGCUGUUUUGUCUUCUUUCAAGACUGGUUUUGGUCUUUUCGCUGUUCGCAACGAAGAGAGAACCCGACAUAGCUGAAAAUCUCGUUUGAGAGAAUAUAAAUACAUUAUUAGAAUCGAAAAACAAAUUGACAGGAGCUUUAAUUCACACAUUUAUUGCAAGUAUAAUCGGCGCAUAUUGUAUUUUUUUUAAGAGCGUUAGUUUUCUGUUUUAAUAAGCAUUAACUUACACAGCAAGCUAAGUUAGCUAGCUAGCUAACUUUUCAUAGGUUUUGAAUCACAUGCGCGAGUAGCUGAGCUACGUUAUCAAGUAGACGUUCGUUUUUUUUUUAAAUAGCUAGCUAUCUCUAAAUAUUAUCCAGUCGUCAUUUGGUUGCAGUGUAUAUUAUUUUUGAGAUUUUAGGAAUACACCACACACGUCGUUUAUGGGAUCAUCAUGUCAAUGAAGCAGGCCGGUGGUAAUCGCAAACCCGGCAGUGGUGCUGGCUCCUCUGGUGCCGGGGGAAGUGGCGGACGACAGAAUUUGGGCAGGGGAAGGCUUAGUGUCAAAGGACCUUCAGCAGCGGUUGUCUGUAAUGGUGUAUAUGCAAACAUGAGGAUGGUCCAUGUCUUGACAUCAGUAGUGGGAACCAAUUGUGAACUGAAAGUAAAAAGUGGAAUCGUUUAUGACGGAGUGUUUAAAACAUACAGCCCAGAGUGUGACCUGGUUCUGGAUGCGGCCCACAGAAAGAGUCCUGGGUCCAGCGUAGGCCUGCGACAGGAAGACCUCGUGGAGAGCAUCAUCUUCAAGGCUUCCGACGUGGUGGUGGUGCAUUUCAGAGACGUGGACUUCAAUUUUGCCAGAAAAGUCUCUACUGACACAGAUAACUUCACGGACACUGCAGUGGGCGGCAGAAUCAACGGGGAACACAAGGAGAAGGACCUGGAGCCGUGGGAUGGAGGGUGGCAGCAGCACGUGGUCUCAGGAAGCCUGGAGUCUCUGGACACAGACGUGUCAAAUGGCUGGGACCCGAGUGACAUGUUCAAGUACAACGAAGAGCAGUAUGGCAUCAAGUCGACCUACGACAGCAGCCUGUCCACCUACACGGUUGCCCUGGAGCGGGAUAACUCUGAGGAGUUUCUGAAGCGGGAGGCGCGGGCAGCCCAACUGGCGGAGGAGAUCGAGGCCAGCUCCACCUACAAGUCCCGCGUGGCCCUGGAGAAUGAGGAGCGCAGCGAGGAGGAGAAGUACACCGCUGUGGUGCGCGGAGAGAGGGAGCAGCACACACUCAACAGAGAAAACAAGUACAUUCCCCCGGGUCAGAGGAACAGAGAGGGGAUGUCUUGGGGAGCGGGUCGUCAGAACUCCCCCAGGUUGGCCCAGAGCAGCAGCGGGCCUCCCCGGCCAGGUCUCCACGACUACAGCCCCAGCUCUGGAGCCGACCAGCGGGUUGUCAACGGCGGUGCCACCUCCUGCCCAUCGCCCUCCUCCCGCUACCAGUCAGGCCCCUCCCCUCUCCCACCCAGGGCGGCCACGCCCACCCGGCCUCCCUCCAGACCCCCCUCGCGGCCCUCCCGGCCCCCGUCUCACCCCUCUGCUCACGGCUCUUCAGCUCCCAUCUCCACUAUGCCCAGUAGACGCAUGUCCUCCGAAGGCCCUCCCAGGAUGUCCCCAAAGACACAGCGUACCCCCCGCACCCACAGAGUUCCCCCCGGGAGUAGAGUUCCCCCGGGAGGUGACUUCAUGUCCCAUAAUGCUCCAGGAGAGGUACCGGUGCCCCCGGCUACCCGCAGCAGCUCAUCUGGUGGCACAUGGUCUUCGGUGGUCAGCGGAGCACACAGACCUCGCUCCCCUCGGCAGAACAGCAUGGGCGGGGCCUCCCCUGGUCCCUCGCCCCAGACUGGGUCCGCUUCCGUGGAACCUGUUACCACGCCAAUGUCAGCUUCCUCACCCGCUGCUGCUAGCCCCGCCCCCAAUAUGGCUGCCACCUCAGUAGAGGUGAAAGAUUCUCGGAUCCAGGAGACGAGACAGAACUCUCCUACGGCCAACAAGGAGAACGUGAAACCCCUGGAGAGCUCCCCUAGUAUCAGCAGACCACUCUCUAAAGGACCCCCCUCCAUGGCACCAGACCACAGAAAACAAAUAGACAACUUAAAGAAAUUUAGUGUAGAUUUUAGGUUGCAGUCCAGCUCUAACCCAGACCCACAGUUUCAGCAGAUGAUGACUAAGCCUCCGCGGGACGCAGGAGAGAAGUCCAAGGAGCUUCCUCUGGACAAGGGGUCGGAGGAGGGCCCAGUGGUCCCCGCCGGGGGCAACAAGCCAGACAGCCCUGGCACACCAUCCUCUACCCUCUGUCCCGCCCCGGAGCAGAACAGGGGGCCUGACGUGACCUCGCAGGGCGUCCAGACGUCUGCACCCACCUUCAGCGGAGGAGCCAAGCUUGAAGACAAGGAAGAGGAUGAUCCAGAUCAAAUCAGAAAGUCGACUCUCAAUCCUAAUGCCCACGAGUUCAAACCCAGGGUCUACACUCCUCAGCCCAAGCCGGCCACCACCCCGACCCCCCCUCGGCCCCAAGGCCAGCCCAGCCCCUCCAUCAUGGUGCAGCAGCCUCAACAGGUCUACAGCCAGACGGUCUGCUUCCCCCAGAUGUACCCUCUGACCCCUGUCAGCCCUGGAGUCCAGUCUCCAGCCAUGUACCACGUCCAGAUGCCUCAUAUGACGGUGAGCCAGUCCAAGCCCUACAGACCAGGUAAAGUACCCAACAUGCCCCAGCAGAGGUCAGACCAGCACCACCCCCAGGGCACGCCCACCAUGAUGCACCCGGCCGCAGGGCCGCCCAUCGUGGCCCAGAGCCCUGCCUACUCAGCCCAGUACUUCACCUGCAGCCCACAGCAGUUUACCAGCCAGCAACUGAUGCCCCACUACCAGUCACAGGCCCAGCAUGUGUUCAGCCCGGUGAUCCAGGGUCAGACCAGGAUGAUGGCCCCUCCCACCCACGGCCAUCCUGGCCAGCUGGUCUCCUCCACCACCCAGUAUGGUGAACAGACUCACACCAUGUACGUGUCACAAGGCCCAAUGCCGCAGCAGUACGCCCACCCCAACGCCACCCUGCACCCCCAGCCCUCGGCCACCCCCACAGGCCAGUCCCAGCAGGGCGUGCAGCACAGUGGCAACCACCCGGCCCCCAGCCCGGUCCAGCAGCACCAGGCCCUGCACAUGGGCAACCAGCCCCAGCAGCAGAUGUACCAGGCCCUGGCCCCGACCCCACCCUCCAUGACCCCGGGGCCCAACCCCCAGUCCCCCCAGGGCAACUUCUCCUCAGCCCAGCAGGCCGUCUACCUCCACCCCCAGCAGAUGCAGCACGGCUACAACCCCUCCCACAUGGCCCACAUGCAGCAGGUGAGCUCCACCUUCAGAAGCCCUUCCCUUCACCCUGAGUACAUACUAUAUGAGCAGGCCCAUAUCCAGUCUGGGAUGGUCCCCUCCCACCAUGGCAACCCUGGCCACCCUCAGAUGAUGCUUAUGGCCACGCAGCAGCAAGGUGGCCCCCAGCCCCAACUCCCCCAGAACGCCCUCAACCCCAUCCCAGUGUCCUCCACUACGCACUUCUCUUACUUGGCACACCCCCAAGUGCAACAACACCAUCAACAGCAGCUGUAGAGGGUGCUGUGGAGAACAUGGACCCCUCUACCACCCUCGCUCUCUAAGAGUCUUCACACAAAGAGAAGAAGCCACACAGCUCUCAUCAUGCUACAUGUGCUUUCCUCUCCCAGUCAGAAAGUUCAACAGGUUGUUGCAGUGGACAGAGGUUUUAUUGGUUUAGAGUUCUGCUAAUAACAGAAAGGACUCCUCACACUUCCCCACACACACCUUAAACACACCUGCAGAGGGUCCCUAAGUGAAACUUGAUUCGGCUUGCCAAUUGAGAACGUAAAAAAAGAACUGGAACUUGCAUUUUGUCUGCACCUUGAUAUGAAAAUUCUUCCAACUUGGACAGUAUUAACGUGACUGUUUAAUUGCUGCUACUAUUGCUGCGUUCAAGACUUCAGAACAGGUUCUAACUAAACUAAAACAAAUUAAAAUCUUCCUGUAAUUAAUAACAAGUUUGGCCUAAAGAACAGAAGUAUAAUUUAUGAAUUAAGAUGGCUAAGGUGAUCCCACUUCUCACCUGACCAUUAUGUAACUUAAGUUAAAAUACAUUUUACUUUGUAGAUAAUAUAAAUUAAAAAAAUUAGGAAAUAAAAGUUUUAAACUGG